AUGAACAACAACAACAACGACAUAGACGACGACGAGAACACGAACAAUACUACGCAUCAUCAUCAUCAACAACGACAACGACAAAAGGAAAAGCUCAUCAGAAACAGAGUGUUAGCAGAUUCGAUUAAAAUAGCAGAGUUGGAAGCGAAAGAACACGACGGCGUUUCUCUCUCUCCUCAAGCCGCUUCGGUGUUGGGAGAGUUGGUGUUCUUGGAAAGCGAAAAGUUAGCGUUCGAUUUAAAAGCGUUUGCAAAACACAGAAACGACAGAACGAUUACGAAAAAAGACGUCGAGUUGUUCGUUCGUCGUUCGUCGGGAGAUUUGUUAGAGUGCAUAGAAGACGCGUUGCGUAAAGAAAACGUGAUUUGA